AGAUAAUUUUGUUGAGCCCAGCUUGCAGGCCAACAACAAUUCGACUCCAUCCCGUGUAAAGUAGGGUUCUUGGCCAUUUGGUUCAAUACUUGUCAGCUCAGCUGCUUUGCGGAUGACAUAUUGAACCGGUGAUGGCCUCAUCUUCUAUAAUUUCAUGGAGCAGACAUGGUGGUCUGGCGCCAGGCCAAGGCCCAACGCUCAUUCUCCCAAGCGCAUUAUGCCGCGGGCUUCUAGCAUCCCGGGCCGGACCUUCUCUGCAAAGCUUUACUCGGCGCACAGGGGCCUUUACGUGCCCUCGUUACGGCCAGUCGCCUUUAGGCCUGCGACCGUUCAACGCUGUCCCGCCUGAACGAGCCGGACCGAGGCAAGGUCCCCCUCCGACUCCUGCUUCGAAUCCUAAGGCCUGGAGUCCACACAAGCUGGGCUCUUGCAUUCUUGACGUCAUUCUGGGCCUGCUUUCCGUGGCUGUUGCGUUCGUCGGUGUUGCGGUCGUCCAAGCCCUCCUCUUCAUUCGCCGUAACCAAGCCGCAGGAGUCCUCCCCGUCAUCGCACAACCCCCACACCCGCAACACGAGGCCGCGACCUCGGCAACCAGGACGGAGCCCCACCAGCAGCGCCGCGUCUCCGCCUCCAAGCCCUCCGCCGAAGCCGCACACGAUGCUGCCGACCCAGGGGUCGGUCGGGGCAACAAUGUAGGCCCCGAGAAGCGCCAGAGAGGCGGACCGGGGGAGCGCGGGGAUGCAGCCGCGUCCUCGGAGGAGGCCUCUGAUGACGCUCCCUGGAGCCAUACGGACAGGCGGGUGGUGGUCAGCCUGGUCUGGCCGGACACUCAAAAGGGCCAGCCGCCGCAGCAGCAGUCGGCGGGAGCGGCAGCCACACCAGCAGCGCCAGCAGCCGGAGCUGCAGUGGGCAGUGGUGGUGCCGGCGGCGCGGUGCGGUCGGUGGCUCGAGGUGUGCGCGGAGUGCUGUGGCUGGCGGGGCAGGUGGCGGACCUGCCGCUCAAGGCGGUGGAUUGGGCCCUUCAGGUGGACCGACCCAUCCCCAUGACCCACGGGUCGGCAGCGGACUUCCACACCAGGGCCACCGCUGCUGCAACUCCCUCUCCCGCCUCUGCGCACCCCUCGCCUCCCCCCGCCGCCUCCGCUACCGCCCCUGCACCCAGCGUCCUGCCGCAAGGACCCACUACGGCGCUCUCCACUGCACCCGCCGCCCGGCCCGCCGGACCCGCGCCUGGGCAGAAGCAGGUGGCGGAGGCGACGGCGGCGGGCCGAGGCCUGCAUGUCCUGCGCGACGCUGCCGCCGGCGUGAAGGAGGCCGCCGCCGCCGCUGCCGGCCGGGUGGCAACGCAGCUAUCGAUGUACGGCAAGGGCGGAUCCGACGCAGCAAGCACGGCCACUCCGCAGGCCGUCUCCCAGCUCCCAGGCGGCGCCACCACCGCAGUUUUCGCGCUGGCCCUCUCAUCCUGGCUGACCGCAUGCGCCCUGGUCCUGCUGGGCAAGGCAGCCAGCCGCGCCCUUGGCGCCAUCGCCGGCAACAAUGCGGUUGGAACCUCCGCUGCCGCCGCUGGCAGCAGCAGCCGCGGCCGGGGCAAGUCGACACGCGAGUACUUUGGUCCCUUCUACGACAUCGUACGGCGAUCGGGGCCGGCAUGCCCGCCGAUGGGCGUCCCGUCGUGCGUUCCGGUGCCGGCGCCGCCAGAGCUGCUGCUGCCGCCGCCGAGGAAUAGUGCACUGAUGCGGCCGAGGCUGUCGCCACCCGAGCACAUGAAGAUGUCACAGGGGCCUCCGACGGCUGCCGUACUCGAGGAGGGAAUCCAGAUCAUUAAGAAGCCCCCGGUUGAUGACGUCAGCAGUGCCCAAAACGUAUCCCCGUCGUCUGCGGCGGCGACGGCUCCACCGGCUCCAUCGUCAGCUCCGCCGUCAACCGACGGCGGCAGCGCCGUCACCGCUCCGCCGCCUCCGUCGCCGCCGCCGCAGCAGCCUAACGUCGUCGCGGCCGCGGCAACAGCACCCGCCAUCGAUUUGACUGACAUGGCCAGUCUGGUACGGCUGAUGCCGCCGCCGGCGUCACGAGGCGGCUGGUCGGGCAGCGCCGCCGCCGCCGCCGGGCUCCGGCCCAACCCGCCCGUUCUGCCGGACCCCGCCAGCAACGCGGGCCUUACGCCUGCGUCGCUGGCGGCGGCGGCGGCCCGCAGUUCCGAUUCGCGGAUCGAUCUUGAGGCGCUUCUAAUGCCCAGGAAGGGUGUCGCUGCUGCUGCUGCCGGUGAUGGUGCGGAGGACGGCGCAGGAGGAACCGCGGAUUCAGCCGCUGCCAAUGCCAACGCCGCUGCCAACGCUGACAAUGUUCAACGCACGGCGGCGAAGGCGAAAGAAGAUACCACCGCCGAUACAACCACCGCCGACGCCGACGACGCCGCAUCCAACGAGGGCGAGCUCUGGCAGCUGGGCCCUGCAUGCGAGCUGGCGGUGCCGCUUGCCGUACCACUCGCUGUACCGCUGGCGGUGCCGGUGCCGCCGGCGAGGCCGCUGCCGCUGUCCGCCGCGGAGCUGGCGGCGCCGCCACUGCAGGCACAGCCGCCGCUGUCGCUGCCGCCACCGCAAUCGGAGUUGACGCAGGAACAACAUGAGGAGGAGAGCAGCGCGGGGCAUCCUGCUGAAGCGGUGGCGGCUGGCUCGUUGGAGCCGUCAGGUGUGGUGCCGCCGGUAACUGCUGAUGCUGCGGACCCGCCCCUUGUCAAGGGCACGAUGUCGGCGCCUGGUGUGAACGUCAGCACUACCAUCAGCCAGCCCGGUACGGCGCUCGUCAUGCAGUACAAGCCCACAUCCCAGCUGACACUGUACGGCACUCCGGCCUCCGUCGGCGCUUCCGACGCCGCUGCCGGCGGCCCUGCUGCAAAGCCCGAUGCCGUCGAGGAUGUUGCCGCCGCCGCCGCCACCACGGACCUGCCGUACGAUCUCGGCAGCGCCACCGAUGCCGUCGCCGACGCCGCCGCUGACGCCGAGUUCUGGAGCAAACGGCCGGGGUACGACACACCCGAAGCGCGCAUGUACUACCUGCGUGAGCUUCGACGCAUGCAGGAACCGAGCCUGCAGGAACAGCAGAGCGGCCAGCAGUACGACAGGGCUCAGGGGAAGGAGACUAGCGGCAGCAGCAGCGGUGGCGGAAGCCUACUUCCCGCCCUGGUGCGGAGGGAGGAGCGCCGCAUCGUCAUUGCGCCCGCGGCGGCGGCUGACGGCGGCACUGCGGCGGCGGCGCAGGUGCUUGUACGGCACAUGGGGCCCAUCCGUCCACCGACCCGCGGGGCGCUGCACAGUCAGACUGUGACGAUUACCAUUGACGCCGACGGCAGCCGCCCGGGAUCCGUACAUGUCGACGUAACGCCGGCGCUGGCGGAGGCGGUGGAGCCGCCGGCGUUGGCGGCGCCGCCGCCGCCGACGGCGCUGCUGUCGGCGGCCCCUGCGGCGGCGGAGUCUGAGGUUGCGACGGGGACGGCGGCUGCGGCGGCCGAGGUUGCUGAAGAGGAGCAAGCGCCCGUGGAAGUGCCCCAAGUCGCGCCGACGGUCACCACCCCCGACCUCCCCACUGCCCCCGCUGCUCCUGGGCAGCAGGGCUGGGCCUUCUACAAAGGCCACUACAACGGGAUGAUCGCAUCGGAGCUCAAGCCGGCUGAGGCCGCGGCGGCCGCGGCGGCGGCGGCCCCUGAUGCCAUCGACGUUAAGACCAGCGACGCCGCUGAUGUUUCGCCGCCGCCGCUUACGGCGCCGCCGCCGUCAACUGACGUCAGCGCCUCCGUGGAGGCUUGGUGGAAUGAGGUGGACGAGCUGGCACACCUGAAGGAUGGCCCGCCGCCGACGCCGCUGUCAUCGCCGCCGCCGCCGCCGUCACCCCCGAAAGCAGUCGCAGCACCCAGCACCGGUGGUCGUGACGUUGCAACACUGCCCCACGAGCAGGACAUCACCGCGGGUACCUGGACCGCCUCGGGCGCUAUCGACAUGGCCGAAACCGCUGCGUUGGAGGCUUCCAAGGCCGCCGCCGCUGCGGCGGCCGCCUCGUCGCUAGCGGCGCGCAGCUCCGCUCGCGCCACCAGCUUCCGACUUCGCGCAGCCACGUUGCAAGCGCAAGCGGCCGCCGCCAAGGCCGCUGCCGCGGCGGUGACCGCUGCCGCCAACGCAGCGGCGGCGACGUCCUUGUACGGCAAGUGCCUCGAGGAGAUGUACCAGGAUGAGGCGCCUGCUGCUGCUGUUCCCGAUGGUGCUGUCGGCGCGGCGGCGGCGGCUGUACCACCUGCUGCGGUGCCGUCGCCUCAGCUUCCGUUGUCUGCUGACACCGAUGCUCGUCCAGACCCGUCCUUAUCCGUCGCUGCUACCUCAGCCGCCGCCGACGUCCCUGCCGCUUCGAACGCCGUCGUGGGCGCCUCCGCGGGCUCCGUCAAGGAGACGGAGGGCGCUGAACUCGCGGCCAUGGCAAGCCUGGCGGCGGCCGCAUGUGGCGCCGCCUCCGCCGCCGCCGUACCGCUGGGGGUGUUCCAUGCCCUGACGUCCACGAUGGAGCCGCUGGCUGCUGCCGCCGCCACCGCCGCCGACGAUGGCACCGUCAAUGCGCUCGCCCAAGAGUCGGUUACGGAUGCCGUGGAGCAAGCCGCCGCCGCCGCCAGCGUUGCCGCUGUCGUACCGUCAGCUGUGGAUAUGCAGCCGCCGCCGUCGGUGGCGGCGGCGGACACGCCGACGGUCAUGUCGGCGACGGAAGAGGCGUCCUCGGCCGCUCUUUCCGACGCCAUGUGGUGGGACAGCGGGAUGUCCGAGUCCGAGGAGUGGGAGGCCAAGUACGGCGGAGCCCUGCUGGAGGACGUGGGGGCACCGUCACCACUAGCAGCCGCAGCAGCGGCGGCGGCAGUGCCAAUUCCGGCGCCGCCCAUUCCGGAAGAGGAGGUUGCUCCGAUCAAGGAGGAUGUCAUGGCCGGGGACCCGGCAGGAGCGGUGGCGGCUGCAUGGGAGCAAACAGAUGAGGAGCUGCUAGCAUGGCUGGUGGAUACGUUUGAAGCUGAUAGCUAUGUGGAGUUUGGCAGCGACGGCGGCGGAAGCGGAAGUGAGGCCACCAUUAUGACUGCGCCUGCUGCUGAUGUUGCUGGGAAUGAUGCAGCAGCGGCGCCGCUGGCCGCAGCGGUGACGGAGGUCCCUGUCGAGCAGGAGGAGGUGGCGGUUCAGGAGGAGCGGGAAGACGGCGGCAGCGUGGAUGUGUAUGGCAUUCUGAGCACCCUCUUGUCGGGCCUGGAGGCGGAGGGCGCCCUCACCAGCACCAUCGUCAGCAGCAGCAUGGGUGCCGCUGUUUCGGAGGCGGGCGACAUCGCUGCUGCAGACUCCAGUGUUGAUACGGUAGACGGUGAAUACGAAGACGGCAGCGGCGGAAGCCUUGACGCGCUGAUUGAGGCCCUGGCUAGGGAGGCUGCCGAUGCUGAUGCCGCCGAAGCUGAUGUUGCGGAUGCUUCUGGAACUGUUGAGGGUGUCGGUCUGAUGCCUUUGGCCCCGGAGCAGCAGCAGCCGCAGCCGCAGAUGGAGGAAGUGGCGGAGGGAAAGGUGGAGGCGGCGGCGGCCGUCGAGGGCGACGAUGAUGACGGUUUGUACGGCAUCAUUAACCAACUGCUGUACGGCUUGGAGGUUGAGGACGACCCCGCACCUGCUGACGUGGCGAACGCGGCGGCGGAGACUGCUGCUGCAUCAGCUGCUGCUGCGGAGCGUACGGCGGAGCCCGCGGCUGCAGCUAUUGCUGACGUCAGCAGCAUGCCGUACCCUGCCGUGAGUGAUGACGUCACUGGUGGCGACGGCGCCGUCGUACCGACAGUGCCGUUGGCUUCGCUGCCGUCACUGCCGUCGUCAGGCCUCGACAGCUUCCUUGCGGCGUCUCUGACCAACCUGGAGUCGAUUGUGGCGGAGGCUGAGGCUACUGUUGCAGUGCCGCCGAGGGAGGUUGAAGAGGAAGAGGAAGAAGAGGAGGAGGAGGAGGAAUGGGAAGAGGAGGAACAGGAGGAGGAGGAGGAGGCUGGCAUGUUUUUCGCAUGGGACGACAGCGCCGACCCCCACAGCGACAGUGAGGAGGAGGAUGGUCAAGAGGGUGUAGAGGAGGAGGAGCAGGAGGAGGAGUAUGAUGAUGAUGAUUUUCUACCCUGGCUUGACGAGGAAGAGGCGGAGGAGGGGGAGGAGGAAGAUGAGGACAGGAUCUUUUGGGACGACGAGGAGGAAGCGGCGGAGCAGCAACAGCAGGAGGAGGAGGAUGGCGAUGAUGAGGCGGGCAUGGCUUUCUUCGAUACCUUUGAUGAUGACGAUGAGGAGGCGGAGGGCUAUGGUGAUGAUGACGAUGAUUAAGACAAUGCGGUGUAGCGCGGUGUUGCAGCCGCAGCCGCAGGGGCUGGGCCGGGUUUGAUGAUUUGACUCUUACAGGAGGGGACAGGCUUAAAACGCCGGUUGGCGGGCCACCUGCAGUGUUGUGGGAGGAAGGAAGAUUGGAAGCCCCUAUUUAGGAGGGUUACAUGCCUGCAUUGAUAAAGCAGCGCGGGCUACGAUUGCGGCAGACAUUGUGGCUGGUGGUGUGCCUACUUUGCUUGUGCGCCAGCAAGGAUGAUGAGGAAUUGCACGGCGAGACGACGGGCCGGCGGCGCAGGUAUGGACCUCCUGCUGUCGAUGCCGCCGUGUUUGCAUGCUUGCUUGCCGCCGGUGCGUGCUGAGAGGAGAUAUGCUGACGUGGAAUGCUGCUGGCUACUUUGCCCAGCUGGUUGCCUGUUGUCAUGGUUGGUUGCUUUCGACGCGUCAUCACCCCAUUUCGGUUGGACUCUUUCGCUUUUGCUGGAGCGUUGCCUUUGUUGCUCGAGGAGCUGUUGGCCCGAGUCGCAUGUAUACUAGGAGACUCUUGCUUGAGGGGCAGUGUGAUGAGGUUUGGGAGGUGCAGCUGGAGAGAUGACCCAUGGGUCAGCAGCUUGGGACCGCGUGGAGAAGCAUGUAUAACAUAUGAGCGGUACGAGAGUUUCGGAGUAAAGGGUUGGCGGGUUGUUGGUCUGAGUUGUUAUCAUUCUUAGCGUGCCAUGUAUCGAUUAGCCAGCAUUCAGCAUGAAGCAGAUGAGAGUUCGGUCAGUUGGUGUACUAUAGCAUGUUAUCGAAAGGCUCGCACCACAGAUUCUCUUGUUAGCGUUCAAGAGAGUUGAGAAAGUUGUACGUUUUGAGAGGGUACGUAGCGUCGUAGCGUUGGGAUUGAUGCUGAUCAGUGGCCGUUUGUUGUUGCCUGCUGCCAGGCGUAUACCCGCCGCUUACCCGGUAGUACGUUUUUGUCCAGCUAGUGUCGAGUAGGCAUGGAUAAUAGGACAUUACUUGUAGGUCCUCAGCUCAAUGGAUGAGCAGUGUACAUUAUACGUUUUGCCGCAUCAGCUGAUCCAGGCAGUCGGGCAUCUCUCUUGCAUGGCCGUUGCCUCUGGAUAGAAGAGUAGUAGGCACUUCUUUACACCUACCAUGCGUGCCUGUUCUGGCAAGUCUGCUUGCGUGGUAUGUCUGUUGUAUGCUAAUUAGGCACCAACCUUUCAUUUGUUUUUUUGUCAUAACCAUGCGGCUCCAGGGGCGUAUGGAGUCUGGGGAGUACUGCUUGCAUGUGCAAAGGGGGGGGGCCCUCACCCCCUCAGGUUCACCCAUGCAGAGCGCAUGCGGAUGCCCACCAACACCCUUGCUGCAGCGCUGUAUACCGGUAGGCGUGGUCUCAUUGCUUGUAUCAUACGUUGUUCCGUUGUAUGCGUUACGGGUGGCUUGUAGCUCCUUUGCGGUAGAUAUUAACCCCACCCGCAUGUCUUGCUGAACAACCAGGAGCGCGGGCUUUCCAAAGUAGGUUGGCAUUGGCGGCAAGUCGCGCACGCACGUUACGGGCUCUCUGUAUUGCGCGUAGCGUGCAUGCAAUGAGUUGCCGGUGAGUGAGCGAGUAAUAAGUAAAAGAGGGACGCGUGUGGAUGGCUCCUUAGGCAGCGGUCCAUGCAUGCCAGCGGAUGAGGGGUGUCGUAUCGGCGUGCAUACACAGCAGCUGCGCUGCCGUCGGAAAGGUCGCCUGCGGUGUUUGUUUGUCGCCUCUCGAUCGCUUUGUGAGGGGACGUGCCGAGACAUAGUGGUUAGGUAAUAAGGCAUAAGAAUGUAAUAAGCAAAUAAGGUAUCGAUUACACACCGAACAAACUGUGGUGAGCUCUACACUUCCGAGUUGAGUUUCCGUCGACAGGCCA